GAGAUCCUACAGUACUGUUUUUUGUGCUUUCUUGUGGUAUUUAUAGUUUUAUGUGAUCUGACAUAGGCAUUUUUUAACACACAUUGUUUUACAGUCCUUUUUUAAAGAGGAAGGAAAAAAGAAUAAGGUUCAGAAUAAUUAUGGAAAAAAGAAGGGGAAAGGCUGGAACAAUUAAAGAAAGAGACAAUGAUGCGUGCACAUGUCAGGAUGAGUGGUAAACCUAAUUAAAAAACUAACAGAGACAAGGAUAAUACACACACAUAAACACUCAGAGAUGUUCCUCUUCCCAAAGUCCAGCCCCCAGUUUUGACGUCACCAGCACAGAUACAAAACAAGCUUUUUCACAGUUGAGCUCCUCACACAGCUCUCAUUCACACACUCUCUCACACACUCUUCAACCCACAUCCAGACCUUUCUUCCGACACGCUUGCUUCAAACCUGCUCAGCUAAUGUGGGUGAUUAAAACACUGCUUUUUAACAAGAAAACUCCUGUCUCCUUCUGACUGAGCCACGAUCCUCCAUCUGUAGGAAAGGAACGCUUUCAUACUGUUCAAAGCUUCCAACGGGUUAAAAAAAAGGAGCACCCGGGCUCCCCGACCCAGACCCCAUCCCAAACAGAGCAGCAGAUGUGACUGAGGAGGAGAGGCAGAGAGAGAAACACAAUCUCCCCCACCCCGUCCCGUCCUCAAGAACAAUACCCUGUCUUCAGCUGGAAAGGGUCAGCUUUUGUCCUUCUCCCCGGGCUCCAGCUCAACUGAAGAGCAGACAGACGCGCUGACAUGUUGACCCGCUGCAGUGAAGAGGAGAGGACAAGGCAAAACAGCCGUUGAACUCUAUUUGGUUUGAUUCAGUACUUGGACAGUUCCCGAGCAACAACUGGCGAGUGUGUGUGUGCGUGUUUUCAGCAGUUUGUGGAGCGUCUGUCUCAUGAGGGACUAAAGAUAACAUUUGCUGAUUUUAAAAACAUAACUGAAAUGCAGCCAUCAUGUUCACUAAAGCUUGACCUUAGUGGUCCUUCUCGAUCCUUGGGAUCAGAGGAAAGCACCACCACCACCAGCAGCUUCCUGCAGCUGGGAGAAAAGCAGCUCUUUGAGAAGUUUUGGAAAGGGACUUUCAAGGCUGUGGCCACCCCAAGACCAGAGAGUGUUAUUGUGGCGAGCAUCACCGCCAGUCGGAGGGUGACGUGCUCAGAAACAACAGCAUCCUUCCAGCCGCUUCAGACAGAUGAUGGGAAAGCUGCUGACACGAGGGUGGACAGCGCAGACAGGAACGGCUGCAUCAAAGGAAGCGGACGUAAACACCACAGCCACCGCAGGCCCAGAAUCCCCUCCUUUGAUGGUGUCCUCUCCCCUCGGGCAAAAGGGAAGAAGAAGAAGAGAAAGUCUGAGCGAAAGAGAAAAAGAAGAAGGUCUCCUUCUCACAGUCUGUCACCACUGAGAAAGAAAAAGAAGAAGAAGAAGAGCUCCAAGAAAAGCAAGCGGCAUAGGUAUACCUCCAAGAAGUCAAAACACAGCUCUUCAAAUUUGAAACAUAAGAGAAAGGAUGUACGCAAGCACAAGAAAAGCUCACGGACUCGCUCGCAUCGGAGGCGGCGCCACAGGAGGUCCGAGUUGGGCACUUCCUGCUGCCGAUCCUUCACAGGGGACAGACACCUGCACAGGUCUGGAGUUCAUCAGGCUUUCAGAGGCAUGGGAGGGGUUGGAGAGGAAACCCGAGCAGCGCUAAACCCUAUGGAAAAAAAGUGGAGACGUACAACUAAAUCUGUGUGUAAAAUGGCUCCUAAAUAUCGCUCCAGCCUCUCAGCAGGCACCAUUUUGCCGUCAAAGCCUGGAAGCAAGCUUUUAAAUGGGAAUGGAGUGCAGGGUUUUUCAAGUCACACCGAAGGUCCACAUGACUACGACUCUGGUAACGACACAUCUUCACCUCCAUCGAGCAAAACUGGUGUUUCUCGGGCAAAUGUGGCUAACAACCAGAGAAGCUGCUGUCAGCGUCUUAUCUUACCUCCUGAGAAGCAACACUUUGCUGACAGAGAUAACGGCUCAGAUUCAGGAAACUCCGUGACAAGCUACGCUUCCUCAUGCAAACCACACAGGGAAGAUGGCUUCUCUGCAACCCUUUUCAGUAGAAACAGCAAAAGAGGGGAGAUAAGUUUGGAGUGUGAGGAGGAAGCUGCAAGAUACUCGAAGGCAGCCAGAUGUGCACAGAGGAGGAACAGGUCGUCUCGAAAGCGGCUGAAAACCCUUUCCUCUACCAGUAGGAGCAGAUCUUCUGGGAGUUCCAGAUACUCUGGGCGCUAUUCCCGAAGCCCCUCACUGUCUUCUUGCAGCUCAUACUCUCGUUCCCUGAGUAACUCAUCAGAUGUGAGGCAAAGAGGACGUUUAGGCAGCUUGAGCACCAGAGGAAGCUACUCCAAAUACAGUGCUGAAAGACUACAAGAUAGAAAGCGACAGUCUAGCUCCAGAGAGACAGGUCUGAAGCACAUGCAUAAGGUUAGUGGGAAGAGACGAAGACACAAAUCCUACUCUCCUAUGAGAAAGAGGAGGAGAGACUCUCCAAGCCAUCUGGAAGCACGCCGCAUCACAAGUGCCAGGAAGCGACCCAUCCCUUAUUUCCGACCCAGCCCUUCCUCCAGCAACCGCUCCACUAGCGUAUCAUCGUGGAGCAGCCUCUUCACGCGAAGCCGCAGCCGCAGUCCGAUCUACAGCGUAAGAAACAGCCGCUGUCGUAGCCGCAGCUACUCUUCCUACAGGAGCUACAGCCGGAGCUCAUCAUGGAACUCCAUCUUUGGAUCCUACAGUCGCAGCCGGAGUCGCGGUUCUUUAAAGAAACAAAGGAAAGCCAUGCGUUAAUGUUUCUCUGUUGAGGGGCAGAAAUUACAUUUGUAUUUCUUGCUAGGACAGUAGCUAUCAGGGCUGUUGACUCUGUAUAGUGUUCCUCGUUGAUGCUUGGACAAAAAACGUCAAAGCAGUGCUUCAAAUCCGUUUGUCAUUGAGACAUUCCUGUUCAGUCAACUAACAUAGACCAUGGGAUGCAAAAUUCUGCAUUGUUUAGUUUUUCUUUCUGCACAUCAUCCUCUUGCAUUAGCAAGUGAAACUGUAUUUCCUGAUUUAUCAAACUAGCAUCCCUGUUGAAUUAUAUAUUCAACAGAGCUGCAACUUUUUAUAAUUAAAUUACCCAUCUUAAUGCUUUGAAUUAACUUAAUAUUUUAUUAUUUAUUCACAAGGAAGAAAAUGUUUGGUUUAAAACCAGGCCUAAGGAGCACUGAAAUUACUUAUUUUCCAGUAUUGACUUCACUUACAAUAUAUACACAUUCAGUUUAUGCCCUGAUGUUUGGCAGGACAGCAGAUAUUAAUGGUUCUGCGUCGGCUGCGCGUGACCCUGAUUUUACACCAAGAGAUGAAGUACAAGGGUAACAUUUAAGAUGGCUUCACAGGAAUCGUUAUCAGGAAUCAGGCAAAGGCAUUUUGCUCUGAUCUCAGCACUUCACAAGGUGGAGAAACAAACAUGUUCCCACAGCGCAGGUGGCCUGACAACAAGCAAACUGCCUGUCAGCUUAAAUGUCACUUUAAUUCCUCCUCUGAUCAAGUGGAAGACAAUUUAAAAUGUCUGUCUAGGGUAUAACAGCGAGAAUUGAAAGCAACUGGAGGAGGUUUAUCCCUCAACAGCUUACAGUGAGUCACAUGGUUCAAUGCCUUGCCAAAGUAUUCCUACCUCUUGACCCUUUUCAGUUUUUGUCACAUUACUACCAGAAACUGAAUGUAUUUCAUUGAAAUUAGCAGUUGGUAUAGACCAAAUCAAAGUGGCAUGUAAUGUCAAGUCAAAACAAAAUUUGACAGAAGGUUAACAUGCAUAUGUAUUCAGUCCUCCUGAGUCAAUAUCACAUUCUCCUGCAAUUCCAGAAGCAGGUAUUUUGUCUGCUCUAGCUUUGCACAUCAAGAGACUAAAACUGUUGCCAGUAUUUCUUCGCCAAAUGGUUCAAGCUCAGUCAGGUUGGAUGGAGAGUCUCUGUACACAUUUGUUUUCAAGUCUUACCACUCAUUCUCGAUUGGAUUUAGGUCUUGGCUUUCACUUGUCCUGUCAGCUAGUCUCUAACCUAAGCAGUGGAUCCCUGCAGCUCCUCCCGAGUUACCAUGGGCCCCUUGGCUGCUUUGUCUCUGUGAUGACCAGGUCUUGGAUUUACAGUUUCUACAUACUCUCUUCUCUUUCAGAUGAUAGAUUCAACAUUGCUGUCUGAGAUCCACAAAGCUUGAGAUAUUGUUUUAUAAGCGGACACUGCUUUAAACCUCUCCACAAUCCAUGACUUGUUCCUUCUGCUGUGUUCCUUCCUUGGCCUUCAUGAUGCUGUUUGUUUGAGACCUUCACAGAACACCUGUUUUUCUACAAAAAUUAAAUUACCUGAAUUCUGUUUACAAAUUAGCUAAGUGCUGAACCUAACUGGUUGCAAUGGAUUUUCUUAAGGGGUAUCAGAAGUUUUUAAAAACAUGUUUUUUUAUGCUUUACAGUUAUGUGCAUCUAUGGGUUGGUCUAUCUCAUAAAAUCCCAAUUUACUGAAGUUUGUUCAUAAAAUGACAAAACAUAAAGAAGUUCAAAGGGUGUGAUUACUUUUGUAAUUAUUUGUACUGUGCUUAAUUUUCUUUCAUUGGUGCUCACACUUUAUUGAAUAAAUACAUCUCUAAUUUAAUUCUUUUUUUAAUUAGGAAAAAUGACGAUCUAAGCUGAUGAAAAAUCAUGGAUUCUUUAAUUACUUGACUAUUUAUACAACACUGGAACAGAAUCUGUAAGCCAUUUUUCUUAAUUGUGGAUUAACAUACAUAUUUAUGACUUGUUUAAUAUUUAUUGAUGCUCUGUUCUUUUGGGUAGUCAUCAGUUUUUGUAUGCAUUCCUGUUUGUUCAUGGAAAACAACUGUAAAACAUUUUUCUUGUGAAAUGCUUUUAAGUUUUGCCACCAUACAGUUGAAUUAGAUGUCAAGCCAAGCAAACUCAUUAAAGUAAGCAGUAAAAUUAUUUUCCAUCUGACUUUGCUAAUAGAAAAACUUUAACAUUUUAGUUAAUUUUAUUUGCUUAUUUUCUUAAGAGGUCCAGGAACUUUCAAGAUCUACUAAUUUUCAGUAUCUAAGUCACUAAUGGUUGAACUCCUUCAAAUGAUUCGGGAAAUAUUUGGGAAAUUGUGAUUGUAAUUAUAAAUUAGUUUACCCCUGAGCAUUAUGAGCUUGGAGAUUAAGCUUGGAGAAGAAAACAGUAACUAUAAACAAGAAAGAACCCUAUGAUGAGUACAUGAGAAAUAUCCACCACAAAGCUUUUUUUUCACCUAACAGAAUCCUAUAUGUAGGGUAAUUACUUGGGCAACAUAAAAUCUCUAUUUUUUAUAUUUUCCUGAUUACCUAUGUUCUACUCUUCCAUAUAAGGCUCAGCAACCUUGUUGUAACAUUGUAUUGUCUAUGCUCUUGCUGUCAACUCGUUGUACAGCCCCUUUUGUUAAUAUGACACCGCUUAGUCUUCUCCUACAACAUUUCAGCCCUAUGUUAGCCUGACCACAGUUUACUCCGCCUCUCAACCAAUAACUGCUGGAGAUGGGGACCAUCCACCCACCCCACGACCCUGCAAGCAUUAGUGGUGUAGACAAUGGAUGGAUGGAUGGAACAUUUCACAAGGUUGGAUAUGAAGAGAGGAAUUUUGACCAUUCCUUUUUGAAACCUAGAUCAUCCAAAGUCCUGGGUUAUAGUCUUAAGUUGUUUUCUUGUUUGGAUUUUGGUUUGGGGACUGAGGCAUUAAACAUCUUUUUUACCCAUGUGAACCACUUCUGUGUAUUUGGCCCCAUGUUUUUGAUCAUAAUCUUGUCAAAGGCACAGUGAUGACCUAUUUUUAGUUUUCUGUCAAACUAAAUUUUUACCCUAAAUGUUCUGGUAUGGAGUUCAUGAUGCCAUGCACUCUAUCAAGGUUAGUGGCGUCUUUUGUAGAAAAACAAACCUAUAGCAUCACAGAUCAUCCACCAUAAGGUGCUUUUCUACAUAUCCAUCCUUUGUUUCACCCCAGAGCCACCAGACAGACUAUUCUGAGAAACUAAAUAGUUGUAUUAUCUUGAGAUAAUUAGUUAUCUAAUUUUCCUAAAGAUAAUAAAGCUUCUUUUCAAGAGACAAAAAAGCAUCUUUAUCUCAAGAAAACAAGAUAACUCAUUAUCUCAAGAUAUUUUAAGCUUUCUGUGCUUCCAUAGCCCAGCUGCUCAUUAUACCCUAGUUUUUGACCUCCGCUAAAGAAAAUAGGCUAUUUUUCUCAAAAUGUCACACCGUUCCUUCAACUUUAAUUUCAUGGCUGCUCCAACUCCAAAACAGCUUUUGCUUAUAAUUAAGGGUCAUACAUCUUCAUGGUUUCAGAUCCUUCAUCCUGUCUGUGUUGCUGCUCCAGGCCUGACAGACUGCUCUCUAUGCACUCAACUCUCUCAGCUUAUUUCCCUAAAUGUCAACUAAAUUGGACAAAUGAGGUAAAUGUGCUGCUGGAAGAGGAAAGAACUUGGCACAAAAAAUAUCAUCUAUAUACCACAAACUGAUGGUGGCAGAUGUGAACCAGUGUGUGGUGGGGAAAGAUUUGCACAGUUGUGUUGCUAAACGUAUGAGGCCAGUGAUGCCCUCUCCAAAAGUUCUUGUGCAAACAGGAGUUUGAAUAUGUAAUUACUGUAUUGUAAAUAGGGGCUGAGACUGUGUAAAUAAUGCAAAAUGUGUUUUUUUAUUUAUUUACAGCACACAAUUUUAGGCCUGUUGUAAACAUUAUGGAUACAAUGCAUCAACAAAUGAAAAAUCAAUGUAAUUGAUUUGGGGUAUUUUAAAAAACAAUAACAAGGUUUUAGUGAUCCAAAGUUAGAUUGUGAACUUAUGCAUUUUUAUCGCUGUUUUCAAUAUCAAGCUUAAUGCAAAACCAUAUAUUUUUUGUACUGCAUGUCUGUCAGUGUAAUGUCCACAUUGUAAUAAAGUGUCAAGUAGAACCUUGACAUAAUAUACAGGGCCUUGCAAAAGUAUUUAUUGCCUUUAAAUUUUUUUUUUUACGUUUUGGCCGAUUAAAAACAACAAACUUCAGAGCAAAAUAUUGAGAUUUUACACGAUAGAGUAACACAAAAUAGAUCGAAUGUGAAGUGGAAUGAAAAUCGUACAUGAUUUUUCAAAAUAUUUUUGCUGCACCUAAAGCAUUAAGUCUAUGGGAUUCUUUCUACCAGUUUCCCACAUUUAGAGACUGAAUUUGAAUUUUUUUGCUCUUACUCUUUGCAUAGUUCCUCAAAUUCAGUCACACUACAUAUUUUCAAGUCUUGCUAAAUUCCCCAUUCCAUUUUGGUCAAGACUUUCACAAGGUCAGUCUAAAUCAUCAGUCUUCUUUAAUCUACAACUACAGCUUUCCAUUGUAGCUCUGGCUGUAUGUGAAGUGAUUUUGUCCUGCUGUAGAGUUAAACUCACCCAGAGUCUCAAGUCUUACAGCCCCUUUCAGGUUAAUUUUCCUAUUGACUGACCAGUUUCUCUUCUACUGUUGAAGACAAGCAUCCCCACAGCAUGAUGUUGCCACCACUGUGUUUUAUUUUGCGGAGUGUGAAUGUAGAGUACUGUGUAAUAUUAGUUGUUUUUUUUGUCACACAUCUCGUUCUUCGAGGAUAUUUUGGUCUCUUCUAACCAGCACCAUCUUCCAUAUGGUUUGUGGAAAAAAGAAUCUCUUAUGGCUUUCUUUCAACAGUAGCUUUUUCUGCCAUAAAUGGCAGACUGCUUUUCUUCUGAAUGCUCUCCUUGCCAGCCGGUCAGUUUAAGAGAACGGCCAUGUAUUUGGUUGCAGUUAUACUCCUUCUGUUUUAAGUUGUUCAAAGCUGGUAUAUUGUUAUAACCUAAACUUGCUUUAAGCUUAUCCACAACUUCCUCCGUGACCUGUCUUGGUCUCUACGAUGCUGUUUGCUCACUAACGUUGUCUAACAAAUCCCAGAGGCCUACACAGAAAAGCUGUGUUUAUACUGAGAUCAAAUAAUAGAAAGGUGAACUAUUAAUUAGGUGACUUCUAAAAGCAUCAGACUUAAUGCAAUGGUUUUAGAGAAAAGGGGGCCGAAAAGAAAUACACACCAUGCUAUUCAGAUUUUUAUAACAGAUAAUUUUAAAACCAUGCAUAAUUUUCCUUCCACUUCACUAUGAAGUAACUCUUUGUUUUGGUCGAUCACACAAAACCUAACAUAAUUCAUAGAAGUUUGUGGUUGUAACGUGACGAAAUGUGAAGAAGUUCAGGGUUAUGAAUACCUUCCCAAUGCCCUGUAAACCUCUGAAAUAAACAUUAUUUCUCACUGUGUGUUUUUAGAAUAAGCUCUAUAUAAAGUCCUGCUCCUGAUGAAGUGCCAUUGCAGGCUUGAUUUCUUCUUUAAGAUCAGAGAGUCAACAAAUCUCCUCGUCUCAAAGUUGACUCAGUCUUUUUGUAUCCAUGUUGUGACAUCAGUGCAUUCGACCUGAAGCUCUGCGAUAAUUUCUAUUAAAGAUCCUGUGAGUCAUCAAGAGGAGAAGGCUCCACCUCUGACAUGUGGACACUAUGCAACUGUGUUUGGUAAAAAGUAGGCUGGUCCUCUGUCAGCUGUUGCGCCUCCGCUGUAAAAAAAUAUCAUUAUUAACAAAGUCUUUAAUCCUCAUUUAAAGUUGUGUAAAUAAUUUCAUUCAAAUAAAAACAUAGCAAACUUGA